AUGUCUCAGCUGAUCACCGAAGAGAUCAGAGCCAAAGCAGAAGUAUACCAAGGAGAUGAAAUCUGCCAAGUGAAAUCCAAGGAACUGCUCUUGGAAAUAAACCUACCAAAUGGCCUUUUACCUUUGAAAGACAUUGAAGAAUGUGGAUAUCAUAGGGAGAGUGGAUUUGUGUGGCUUAAGCAGAAAGCAGGCAAUACUCACAAGUUUGAGAAAGUUGAUAGGCAAGUGACCUAUGGUACUGAAGUCACUGCCUAUGUUGAGGUUGGUAAGAUCAAGAAGCUAACUGGUGUGAAGGUGAAGGAGCUGUUGGUUUGGCUUCCACUGCAUGAAAUUGAAUUGGAUAAUCCACCUACUGGCAAAAUCACUUUCAGGGCCAUUACUGGGCUUUUCAGGACAUUCCCUGCCUCAGCUUUUGAACUAGAAGAUGAAGUUAAGGAUGAGAAGGAAGAAAACAAAGAUCAAGUCAAAGAAGCAGAAGCACCUGCUGCUACUGCUACUGCUACUACUGCUGCUCCUGUUGAAGUCAAUGAGGUCUGAAUUUGAUUCUAAAUUAUGAGUAUUUGUUAAGAAAGUUUAUUAAAAAACUACUUAUGUUAUGUUCCAGUACAUUGUAAUCCUUUCCGUUUCUUGCUCCACAGCAAUGUUUGUUAUGUUUAAGGGUCUUUGAUUAUGCUGCUCUCAUGGAGCAGUUUACUUAAAGACUAAGAAUAUAUGAAAUUAUAAUCAUUUAUUAUGAUA